UGAAUCGUCAUUUCACUUCUCACCCGACGCUUUCUUUUCACAACCACCUCACCCCUCACCCGCCAAACACGACACCACACAAUGCUUGCAUUCACCAGAGACGUCGGCCGCUCUUACUUCUGACCCUUUCAUUUUCCAUUCACCACACAAACAAGUUGGAAGUAGACUGAGGCAUCAAGGUUCAUCAGCCCUUCAAAAACAUUGAGUCCACUGCCCCCCAGUCUCCGAUCUCCCACCACCCCGCCAAUCUACAACACAUACCACCUCAACUUUUAUCGUUUUCCAGACCUUGACCCGCUUCGUCUAGGAAGUAGAACAAGUUCCUGCGAGUACCAAGAACGCAACUGAUUCCCAACAUCGCAGCCAUGGAUUCAGACGCUGUGGAUAUGUUUGUGGCGGUUACUGGGAAGAGUCAAGCUGUGGCGAGACGGUAUCUGGAAAUGACCGAGAACAACGGAGAACAAGCAGUUGCACUAUUCUUCGAAUCUCCCGAUCUGGCUGCUGGAGCAGACGAACCCUCGGCCCCUCCUGUUCCUUCAAAUACACGACCGCAACCAGCCCCCGCAACUGGCCCGCGAAGCUCCAACCAAGUCAUAGAUCUCGAUGAUGAGGAUGAAGAUAUGGAGGAAGUCGAGGAGGAUGAGCAGGCUUCAGCCGCCGCAGCUAUCGGUCAGGCAGCAGAUUUCGAAGAUGACGAAGCCAUGGCUAGGAGAUUGCAAGAGGAGUUCUACGCAGGCGGUGAUGCAGCCGGAGGGUUUGAUGCAGACGGCGUUCGGGCACCCAUCGCAAGCACCAGAGAAACACUUAUGGGACCUGAUGCUGAUUGGGGCUCUGAGGAUAUACACCAGGCAGUUCAAUAUCAGAUGCAACGAAGAUUAGCACGCGGACGUGGUGGUAUGCUAUACUAAAACCAAGAGUCCUCUGGUUUUGCUAACUUUUAUUUAUUGCAGGACGAUCAGGUGUUUUCAAUCAACAAAACGACCCCUCGAUUUGGGAUGAUGCGGCCGCUGGUGGCAGCAGCAGUACUCCAUCACAAGCCACUGCAGGUGAAACAGUUGAUUCCAAAAGCGCCCGUCUUGCAAAAUUAUUUCGACCUCCUUUCGACCUUAUGAAACAAAUUCCAUGGGAUACUGCUCGGAAUAUGGGCAAAGAAGAGAAGAAGUGGAUCAUGGUCAAUAUUCAAGACCCGUCAAUUUUUGACUGUCAAUUGCUCAAUCGCGAUAUAUGGGCAAAUCAGGGUAUCAAUGAGCUCGUCCGGGAAAACUUUGUCUUUCUACAGUAUUCCAAGGACGACCCCCGAGCAAAUCAAUACCUGCAAUACUAUUUCCCGGGUCAUGAAAGCCCAGAUUCAUAUCCACACAUUUCCAUCAUCGAUCCACGAACGGGAGAGAAGAUGAAGACCUGGUCUGGACCGAAGAAGCUUGAUCCUGUCGAGUUCCUUAUGCAGCUCGUGGAGUUCUUGGAUCGUUACAGUCUCGACCCGUCGAUCAAGAAUCCAGUCGCGAAGCACAAGCCAGAAAAGCCAAAAGCAUUUGAUGUUGGGCGACUUACAGAGCAAGAGAUGCUUGAUCUGGCUUUAGAAAACAGUCUUUCGACUGGUUCAUCAUCUGGACCGAAGGAACACGACCCUGAUGAUCUUACCAAGAGUUUCGGAGAUGUAGGUAAGGGCAAAGGCAGAGAAGGCGAUGCCACAGAGGCUUCAAACGGGCAGGUGGAUGAGUCGGAAAUGGCAGCGCCGUCCACUUAUUCACGCAUCUUGUCGGAUAGACCUCACGUAGAGCCAGAACAAGGCCCUGGUGUUACCCGCAUUCAGUUCAGACAUGCCAAUGGAAGAGUUAUACGAAAGUUCAAGGUUGACGACCCCGUGAGCCGACUGUAUGAAUGGCUCAAGGCCGAUCCAUUGGAGGGAAAGAAGGGCAUCGCUUUCGACUUGCGAAUGAUGGGAAAGGACUUGAGCGAGGUGUUGGAGGAAACCAUCGCGGCCGCUGGUCUCAAGAACGGGACGGUAAUGGUGGAAUAUCUGGAGGAAUAAACUGGGAUUCGGGACUUUCAGCAUUCUGCAUCAUAUACGGCAUCAUAUCGUGGCGUUGGUGCUACAUAUUCAGCUUUCUGUUGAAUGCAUCUCUCUUUUGUCACGUCCUUAUCGUGGUUCUCGGCGCUGGAUCUACAUCCUCAGUAGCAUAGAUGGCAGGCUUGUCACUACAUUCAAGCGUAGAUGGCAAUGAAUGAAUGAAUCAAUAAUAAUAUACCAAGUAAUUUGCACCAGCACACACGUUGAUGAAUCUCAGUGGUGAAGAUGGUUUAUUCUUCAUACAGAGUUGCCUGAGUUGUAUUUUAAUAAGAAUAAUCUUCAUAUCCACAUCGGGUAAACAGCAUGAG